UUUACAUAUAAAAGACAAAGACUGUGUGGCUCUGGAGGUGCGGUACCACAAAAGCUGUUACAGUCAGUACACCAUGUUUUUGCUGAGACCUGACAAACCAGAGACAGAACAGGAUGAGGCAAUGUUUGAUGCCAGUUACAAGCUGUUCUGUGAGAGGAUCAUCCGCCAGAGGCUGCUUGUCAACAAUGAGGUGCUUAGAAUGGGCCAGCUGAGGCAGGCCUUCAUUGACAUGGUGAAAGCAAACGAAGGUGUUGAUGCUUCAAACUACAGACAGGAUCUGUUGAAGAAGAGGCUGGCUCAAGAUUUCCCUCAGCUAGCGUUUCACAUGCCCACCAAGCGCAACGUCUGCGAACUGGUUUUUGCUGAGACUCUGUCAAAGGAUGCACUCGUGGACAUGCUACCAGAUCCAUCCGGUACGGAAACAACACAGUCCAGUGAAUUGAGCCAGACAGACAGCGACAAUGAAACAGGGAGAACAAAGUGCCAAACAACACAUGAGGACACAAGGACACUGUAUACAGCAGCGUUGUUUUUGAAAAGACUGCUUAGUGACACUCCUGGCAUGUCAUGCCCAUGGCCUCCCACUUCUGAAAAUGUAAAUGUCACUGAAUCUCAAACUGUUGUCCCCAUUGGACUAUACAAUCUGCUCAGCUGGAUUAUAGGUUCCACUGAGGAGCCAACACUGGAUCAUUAUGUCAACAUUGAUGAUGACGUACAUUUGAAAGUGUUGUCUGUUUGUCAAGACAUUGUGUACCUUGCUUCCAAGGGCCGCAAGCAGACACCCAAGUCCUUGGCUUUAGGUUUAACUGUUCGACAUUUAACUGGAUCAUCACGCAUUGUAUCACUGCUUAACAGACUGGGACAUUGUGCAUCAUGGGACACAGUUUUGAGUCUAGACACUAGCCUUGCCCAACUGACACUAGUAGAAGGCAGAGACAAAAUACCGAAGGGAUUCUCAAAGCGGACACCCACAACACUUGUGUGGGAUAACAUUGACUUUGGUGAGGAGACACUAUCGGGUCGUGGAACUACUCACCAUACAAAUGGAAUUAUGCUCCAGAGUGUGCCCGGCGAGCCUAUGUCCACAGCAAUCAGACAGCCACUGAGAAAGGGAGUUACUUCAUUCAUAGCCCCCCCUCCAAUGCCUAUACAACCUUACCAUCAGUCCAAAAGGCAAGGGCCACAGAACUUGUGUCAACCAGUGCAGUCAGCGACAUGCAGAAUGGACACCCACUUUGCUGUACAAGCUGAAAUGGCAUAUGCUUUUGUGAAGUCCACAUGUACGGAUAGUUGUACAAUCCCAAGCUGGACAGGGUUCCAUACACUGCUUCAGGAUGAAAACACUCUGCAGAAGUCCGUAUUGUAUUAUCUUCCAGUCAUUGAAGCCUCACCAACAGAGAUGUCAACAGUCAACACUAUCCUGAAGCGAAGUGUCCAGAUUGCUGACCAGCUAGAACUGGAUCAUAUAGUUUUAGUGUUUGACCAGGCUAUAUAUGCCAAAGCACAGCAAAUACGCUGGAAGGAUGUUGAGUUACAAAGCGUCUAG